CCGUAAAUGAAUGGGUCACGUUCAGUUCGGAAAGAGUUCUCGCUUCAGUAACUGACUGACAGGGUAUCACAGCAACUCGAAUGGGGUGAAAUUUUUCGAGUCUGCGAUCUAGCUCAUGGUACCACGGUAGGCCCAUGGAUCUCCGUCGCGACUAUCUGUCGUGAAUACAGAUAGCAAGCACUCUAGAAAGUGGCGCGCAAAAGACUAAGUCUUUGUCUUUGUCUUAAAAUUCCGGGACAGCGGCCCUGAUGUAUUUCACGAGCUUCGAUGGAAUCUGCGGAGCGAUUCGGUAGGGAAGCCUUUUGACCCAAAUCUGCCCGCUCGAGAAGAUUUGAUGCCUGCAAAUCCAGGAAGUUUUCAGGAAUGUCAAAUCUGCGUUCGGUCGUACUCUCCCUUUCGACAUCGCUACUGCGCAUCGAGGUCGCAAUAGGGAACACGAGGGAACGUGUCCGCUGAACGAUGCAUCGUCGGUCGAUGCGGCGUGAGUAAAUCUUCGCAGGCUCUUUCGAUCUCUUGACGGUCAUGCUAGCGUAUGACCGACUGGCGAGGUCGACUGUGGAAAAUUCACAAUUUCUAUGGACAUUAUUGUCCCCCCAGCAGUUCUGCGGGACUCGACGAUUGCGCAUACAAGCGAUGCCUCGAGCUUUGGGUGAAUGUGCAAAACAAUGUUAGAAAAUCGGACCUUCGACCUCGGGGUAUGAUAUCGACUCAUGUUCUGUACUGCGGAGUCGAUGAAUUUGGAGGCCUUCAUAGGUCAAGUUGAUCUCCACUGAAGUGCUCAUAGAUGCAACGCACGACUCAGACGUUCCACAAAGAGGAACACGAAUUCUUCAAAGACCCGAUUGUCCAUGCCUUGCGUUUAGGUUAUUUCCUCUUCUAACUCUAAGGAGUUUCAACAAAAGUCGGGCCAAGUUAACCUUUUGACACUUGAACGCCGUUUCUGCAAUCUGUGUAUUGGCUUUGUUCAAAUGGGCCAAAAUACCUUUCAUUUCUGUUAUUGAAUUGUGCUAAAGGUGCUUAUAUUCGUACGUGAAGAUUUGCUUUCACAGCAGCCAAUUGGAUUGUUUUUCACUAUGUCCAGAAUCAAUCGACUACAUCAUUUCAUGACCCACUACAAAUGUUGAAGCAAAAUGACGUAAUUUCUAUGAGCCUUCUUUUGAUGUGUUCUAUUUGAAGCUCAGCCCAAUGACUUUACUUCCGAUGCAGAGAUGUAGACUUUUGUGAUAAACGACACCCAAAUGCCUACACUCUCG